GUAAAUACCGCAGGGAGAGGCAGGAAGGGGCGGAGCACCCGCCGGCCGGCGCCACACAGAAGCUAGCGGCGGCUGCGAGAGGCGUGGGUGUGCGCCCGGCGGCCGCUUUACUCCCUCCCGGCCCUCGGGUCCUGGCUGGGGACCGGCAGAGCCUACGAUGAACUUCGGCUACAGGCGCUGGGCCGGCAGCGACAUCGGGUCCAUGGCUCCGGCGGCGGCUCCGUUGUCCCUGGCCGUCAAGGCCUCAAACCCGGCAGCAGCCCCCACUUCGUAUGGGGUCUUUUGCAAGGGGCUCUCUCGCACCCUGCUCGCUUUCUUCGAGCUGGCCUGGCAGCUGCGGAUGAACUUUCCGUAUUUUUACAUCGCAGGCUCGGUGAUCCUCAACAUCCGCUUGCAGGUACACAUUUAGAAACGUGACUAAGCUGCCGGGCUCCGGCUGUUAGCAUGAUGGCCGACUCCCAGGCAUCCCCGGGAUUUUGUGGGGCUGCAAGCGACGAACUCGGAGAUCUCGCGAGAGGGUGGGGGCUUACUGUGCGCCUGCGCUCUGCGCUCCUAACGGACCCUAGACCGUAGCGGGACGCCUGCAGGGACUAAGAGGAAACGGGGGGCUUCCGGGAACGGAGACCUUCAGCCAGACCCAAGAAAAUAAGAAAUUUUAUAUCCUUAAACUCCUGUCGAAUUCGGGGAUAUGACAGAAGGGCACAGAAUGUGUUAUUAAAAAGGAAGACCGAAUUUUUCUGGAAAAAAAUUUUUGAGUGUCCAACAAAUUCAUCCCCUAAAUGAAAAUUAAGAAAUCAGUAAGUUUUGGGAAUACCGAUUUGGAUUGUUAGACUCUGAGGAAGCCACCCACGGUAUUAAGGAUAUGAAAUGGAAGACAUUUUUUUCGUCUCGCAAAAAAAGUUGAAACAUAAGUGAAGGACAAAGCAAAACUGUACAGGAAAACAUCCUCCAUACGCUAAACGUGAGAUGCUGCAGGAUUUUGAACAAAUGGUGGAAGCGUGAGAAAAUGCACUCUGGCGUCCCUGUGAGGAGCAUUUGGAUUAUGACCUUGGCAAAGAAGAAAAUCCAGACACCAUAAAACUUGGCUAUUCAUUGAAUAAUAUUUAAACAAACAUAAUACAAAUGCUGUGUGUGGUUUUUUUCCCCUUUUAAGGGAAUACUUAAUUAUGGUUACAGUAGAACGUGAAAGUCAUUUGUCUUGAUGUAAAAAUACAAAAGGGAAUGUUGUAGGAGGAAGGAGAAGGUAAAUGGAAUGGUUGCCCUUAUAAAAUGGGAAGUUGAUAGUCUGUUGUGAAGAGGAAAGAAGAUAUUUUAUUACUUACAAGGUAGAAAUUUGUAGUUUGUACUUAAAACUAGAAAUAUAACUCUUAAAGGGGGAAGGUGGGAGGGGAAAACAGCAUGAAGUCAACAGGAAAUCCUGAAGACGGAGAGUUCAGGUAGGACUUCUCAAAAAGAAAUUGGUAGAGUACCUGGUGUAUUUGAAUUUAGAGGAGGAAUUUUUAGUUUUUCAGAGAGUCUGAGGAUGAAGUAGUAGCCUGCAGGCUUUUCAAAAUUAAGAAACAAAAUUUAUAAUCCAAGGAAAAAUGAAGUUACAAAAACUAUAUUGCAACUGAAUACUAGUCACGUAACUUAUAAAUAUUGACUACUGGAUUAACUAUUGAUUAUGUAACAUUGAUAAAAUGGAGGAGGAGAGAGACAUAAUUGUGAAAAGUCAAAUGAAGAUUAUUAUGGGGGUGGGAGUGUGUUGGUAGAGUUCUUACCUAGCAUCCACCAGGAUUGAAUUUAGUCGUGUGUGUGUGUGUGUGUUUGUAUGUAUGUGUAUGUAUGUAUAUGUACACAUUAAUAUAUAUGUAUAUCCAGAAAAAGACCAUAUAAGCAUGUUUUUCAGAAAUAACUGCUGUAAGAAAGGAGUUACAAAGCAGUUGUCUUUGGAGGAAGGAAAUAAAGAGAAGGCAGAAAAAAUGUUUUGCCGUUUUUCACUACCAGUCUAACAGUAUUAUUGAUUUCUUUUAACUAUGUAUAACUUUUCAUUGGUUAAAAACUUACUUAAAUACAUUUCAUUUUCAAAAGUUCCCCAGGCAAUUCAAAUGAAUUUCACUGGUUAAACGCCAUAAGAGUAGAAUGGGACUGAGUUUAGUCAGGCAAACCUCUUCAGAUAUUCAUGUUCUAUAGUUUUGUGAUGAGAGAUGAAUCCAUUAAUCUUUCUAAACCUUUUUCCUUACUUGUAAAUGAGUGUAAACAUACACUCACUAGUCUUGAAAAUUGAAAAUUAGUCUAAGAACUAGAAAUAAACCUGCCUUAGUUCUUGAUAUAUCCAUAAUAAAUGGUAUUUCUUAUAACAAUACCACAUUAAAAAGUGAAUAAGAUGUAAAAGGACAUACAGAAAGCCUGCUUUUCCCAAAAGAAAGUUUUAAGUCCUAAUGAAGAACAGGUAGGGUAGUGAUCCUAGAAGGGUGGGAAGGAUGCUCUAGAAUGAGUCUAGCUGAGACAUUUGCACAGAAAGGGACCACUUUUGCCUGAGAUAAAGAUUCAAAUAUUGCAUUAUUCUAUGUUCUGCUUGUGUCUUUCAAACAGUAGUCUUAAAAUAGUAGUCCUGCCCCCUGGCUCACCUUAUCUGGCUUUGGGCUCUUCCUUUUCUACAGCCAAACUAAACAAGUAUGUCUUCUUUUUCUGUCCACUUUUUUGCCCAUAGAUGUCCUUCCCCUGUCUUAAGGCCAAGUUUAAAUGGUACUUUUUCCAUUAAUUUUUCCAAGAUUCCCUGAACAGAUUGGAGCUUACUACUUCUAAUCCAUCUAAAAUCUGUUAAUAUCAGUGUAAUAUUUACUGACUUCCCACAUUUCCCUAAUAGUGAGUUAUCUGGUUUUGUUUUUAUUUUAUAUAUUCCAAGAAAAUUGAUUUCCUAGACAGUCAUAGAGUGUAAGAGCCAAAACAUUUUGCUCUAAAAUAUCAGAAGUGUGGUUCAGUCAAUGAAAUGGUAAUACUAAAGUACUUAGAAUGGUAGGUUCUGCUAUUUCCCAGAGACACUAAUGUCCCAAUUUGUAACAUUUAUAAGAAUCUCUUUGCCAUUAGCACUAAAAUUGUGACAGAGUGGGGUACUUCAUUUUGAUAACUAUAUGAACAUGUUUCCAUCAGCUUUUAUUCUCAUAUCGGUCAUUUGUUACCUUAAAGAAACUAAGGUCUUUAUAGCAGAUAAAAUAUUUCUCUCUCUCUCACUAGAUUGGAAGCUGUGAGAUGGAAUCUUCUGUAUCCUGUUAAAUUUUAUACCCCAUAGUGUCAGCAAUAUAUAGUAGGAACUAAAUGUCAGGAACAUCCAGGAGACCAAGGAUUUGUUUCCUGCUCUAUCACCAAGCCUAGAGCAUUGCCUGAUGGAGAGCAGAGACCAAAUAUUGCUGAAUAGGUGGCAGUUGAGAAACUAUGGUGGUCUGUUCCAGCUUACUGUGCUCUGAAGGAAAAAUAGUGAAUGUUAAAAUAACAAGGAAAUUCACCUGGUGUUUCUACAGUAUCAGAAAAAUCAACUUAUAAGGAUAGAAAAGAAGUGAACCAGGAAGAGGAGGAGAAAAGAUAUCACCAUUCUCAUGGCCUCUUCAUGCACCUCUGUGCUGAGAUCCUUAAAACACAUGAAUUUGAACCACAAAUUCAUGAUGUUUCAUCAAAGAAAGAAAUAAAAGGGGUUGUGCGAUCAGUGACAAAAGCAGGUGGUGUAGCACUAAAGCAUUAUGUAUGUGUGCAGCUGCCAAAUUUGUCAGGUGGAAUCCAAUAAAUAAAGACACUCUCUGUA